GGCUAAAUUGGCAACACUCAGUACCUCUUCAAUGCGGAUUCAUCGUCGUGCGACCAUCCAAUUUCGCUGUAGCGAUUAAAUACCAAAAAAAAUAAUAAUAAAUUGGAAAUUAAAUUAAUAACAUAAUCAAAAAACCAAAAUGGAAUCGGAUACGCUGGAUAUGGAAAGUGCUGCGGCAGCAUUGAAAAAGUUGUCGCAAAGUGAAAGUGCGGGUGGCAAGGAAACAGAAACAGUAGCAGCAGCAGCAGCAGGCAGCGGCGGAGGGGCGCCGCCAACAAAGAGACAAAAGACUGUCGCAGAGGAGGAGGAUCUGUCCGACAGGGAGGCAGAAGACGAAGACGAAGACAAUGAUGAUGAUGAGGAGGAGGAAGAGGAUGAAGAUGACGAAGACGACGAGGUGGUGCCACAGCUGGUGCUCGAGCGAGUUCAAAGCACUCAAAGCAACCUGCGUACAUUCCGACGCAUCCCCGUCUUCAUUGUGGACUAUCAUAACGAUGUGCUGGAGUUCAUCUACCGCUGCCUGGGCACGCGACACCUGCCGCUGGAGAACAAUCUGCUGGUGCACUUUGACUCGCAUCCGGAUCUGGUGAUACCGCGGCACAUAGCCGCCAGCUCCACCUACGACAAGGAGACGAUGCUGAACGAGCUGAGCAUCGAGAACUGGAUCAUGCCCACGCUGUAUGCAGGCCACUUUAAUCGCAUGGUUUGGCUGAAGAACUCGUGGUGCAAGCAGAUACCCACAGGCAAGCAUUCGUUCAAGAUUGGCCAGAAGGAAGAUUGCAUUGGCGUGGACUGUCCGCUGGAUUACUUCAUUGCCGACGGCAACUACUGCAACAGUGACGACCUGCAGGAGUCGCGGCAGGUGGAGCUGCAGGUCUACGACGCAGACAGCGACAGUCUCGAUCCCGCGGAGUUUGUCACGGCGGAGGAUGCCAAGGGCUAUGUGCUGGACAUUGACUUGGAUUUCUUUAGCACAUCAAAUCCCUUUCUGGAGAUCUACAAGGACGCCGACUGCUACAACCAGCUGAAGGAGAUCUUUCACUUUGUGAGCGUGGAGGCGGUGAAGAAGGCGGCCAAAGCCACCAUUUCUGAGUACAUGGCCACGGCCGACAAGCGGCAGACGCAGCUGGAGGCGCUGAAGCGCAUCUUCUGGCACCUGGAGGAGCAGCGCAGCCUGGAGGGGCUCGAGCUGCCCGACGAGACGGUCAUCAGCCCGGAGGUGUAUGCCAAGAUUGUGCGUCUGACCGAGCAGCUGGCGGACAAGUAUCCGGACGAUGAGAUUGACUGGCACUUGAUAUUCGACUCGGGCAGCACCACGGACAACAACGGGCUGCCGCAUCACAUCAGCACCAGCCAGGAGCUGGAGGAGUACUUUGCGAAUUUCAAGCGUUUCCUGGAGCGCCUGCCCGUGCCACCCGUGGCCAUAACGAUGGCCCAUUCCGCUCAGGAUGACUACUGUCCCCAGGAUCAGGUGGCCUUCAUCGAGGAGCGUGUGCUGCGGCUGCUCAAGGAUGUCUUUGGCGAGCGGCUGAACGACAAAGCAAUCCUACAGUACAUGGACGAUCCCUGGGAUGUGAUGAAGCUCUAAGCGCACCCACAGGGAAGGGAAGACAAUCUCGCAUCGAAGCCAAGACUUAAUCAAACCCAUCCCCAAUCCCCUUUCGAAUGAUUCCCCCAGAAGCAAAGCAAAAAUCAUGCA